CGAACUGCGCAGGAAAAACCGCAGAGUUUUACUGCGCUAAUGUUGCGCAUCAGUAACGCUUCACAUGAGCGAGCUUUGUAUCAACAAGCAGCAUGGCGGAGCCGACCGUCCGGAUGUCUGGGAUUGUUUUAGCCUCUUUAAUGUUUCAGCAUCUUAACAGUGAUUCAGACGUGGAAGGUCUGAUCCUGGGAGAGAGUAAGUUUGAGGAGCAGGUCACCAUCAGUGACUCUCAGGCCGAUCACAUUCACAUCGAGGAAGUUUACAAUAUCCAGAAGCACAUCGCCUGCCACAAACUGAACAGCUUUUACAACAGUGUAGGAGAGGUGGACGUGGAGGCAGUACAGAAAAUCCUGGCAGACAAUAAACAGGAGAGUGUGAUUGGCUGGUACCGGCAGCGGAGGAACACGGAUCAACAGAUGACGUUCAGGGAAAAGAUCGUCCACGAGAACCUGAAGUCGUCUCUGUCCAACCCUCACAUGAUCUUUGUGCUGCUGACGCCGAGCAAGCUGACGUCUCCGGGGUCGACCCACAGGAUGGAGUACGCCGCCUUCAUCUCACGCAGCAGGCAGUUCAUGAACGUCCCUGUGCUGGUCAGUAACCUGGGUUUACUGGAGCAGCUGGCGUACUGGAAGGUGUCUGCUCCCUGCUCAGCUGUGGGUUAUAACCUCACCAUGAAGAAACACGGGUCCAAGUUCUUCUCGUCCAACGGGCUCCUGAGAGAAGUCAACGAGGUGAAUAAGAUGAACGAUUCUCUGCAGUCGGAGCUGCAGAAAGCGUGCAGAGACGUGGAGGAGAGCGAGCGUCUGGUAGAAACUCUGCAGGCUGAUGUUUCAGCUCUGAGGAGGAGAGUCAGAGAGAAGCAGCAGAGCAGAGCAGGAAAAGAACCAGUGGAGGAUCCUCCUGAACAGAAGAACCUGCUGCUCCACGAGGCCGUCAGAGCUCUGUUCGCCUGCUCUCCUCUCUUCACCUCUCAGACUUUAACCCUCCAGGCGUUUCCCGUUCCCGACGUCUGCUGCGACUCAGAGCAGCAGGACCAGGACGUCUCCUUGUCGGACACGACGGCGAAGGAUCAGGAGCCUGUGUCGCCGCUGAACCCCGGCAGAACGAACUGUAGGAAGAGGCUGAGGGAGCUGUCGGUGGGGAGGGAGAGGAAACGCAGGAAAAGCAAAUCCUGACCGGGAUAAAAACUGUUGAAAUAAUAAGUUAUGUUUGUGUUCAUGAGUCAGACUCCAUCUUGUUUUUAAUCAGUCCGUCUCAUUAUUCUGACGUCGCUAACCUCAGUUUGAUGGUUGGUGCUGAAAACCACAGAGUGGCCCUGUAAAGUUCCUGAUGUGUUUUGUUGUUUAUAAAGUUUAUGAUAAAGUUUGUUGUGACUGUCACUGACUUACAGGCUGGUGUUCACUGUAAGAAUAUACUACAGCUGCUUUAACAGUCGUCAAGUUAAUAACAGCAGAAACUGGAGGUUGUGGUUUUAUUCAAAAAGACAUUUUGAAUAGUGAAUCCCUGUAAACUCCCAGGUAUUAUCUGAGGAACCAGAAACAUUUCUAUAUCUGGCAGUGGUAUUCCAGCUGCUCCUGUGCUCUGAGCUAAAAUCCCUGUUUUUAUCAAUGGAGUCUGGUAGCAGUGACCAGGUUCACUGCUCUCAGAGUUCUAAAUAUCAGAGUUCUCCUUCAAAUGUCUUUUAACUGUUCAUAUUUAAACUGGUUUGAACAUCAGUUAAAUCUUUUCAGUUAUUUUUGAGGGAAAAUAAUGAAGAAAUCUCAAAUAUU